CCUCUGGGGUGAAGUGUGAGAUAGAAGGUUGGCAAGAGAGGUCCGAGCAGCUACUAGAGAGCCAGACGGAGGGAGACCAGCUGUUGUACCUGAGCUCAGCUCCGGAACUUCUCCCUGGAAGAGGUCGGCAGGCAGUCAGGCAGUGCAGAGGGGCUGGGCAGGACGCUCCCUCUCAGCCUUCACCUGCCCGGCCAACUGCUUGCCUUCACCCUUUGGUGCCAGCUGGGAGAGCCAGAACAGAGAAGAUGGAGCUGGGCAGGACUCACAUAAAGCUUGACCCCAGGUACACGGCGGAGCUCGUGGAGGUGUUAAAGACCAACUACAGCAUCUCUUCUGCCUGCUUCUCUUACCCUCCCUCAGCUGCCCAGCUCCUAAGAGCCUUGGGCCCUGUAGAAAUCACCAUCUCGUGUGCCCUGACCUGUCUUGCCCUGGUCUCGAUCAUCAUCUACUUGGAAGAUGCCAUCUACAUAUACAAGAACACCAGCUGUCCCAUCAAGAGGAAGACCCUGCUCUGGGCGAGCUCUGCCCCAACGGUGGUGUCUGUGUUCUGCUCCUUCGGUCUCUGGAUACCUCGUUCCCUCACGCUUGUGGAACUGAUAACAACCUCGUUUUACUCCGUGUACUUCUACCUGCUGAUGAUGGUCAUGGUGGAAGGAUUUGGUGGGAAGGAGGCCGUGCUGAGGGCCCUGAAGGACACACCAAUGAUGAUCCACACGGGCCCCUGCUGCUGCUGCUGCCUCUGCUGCCCCCGCUUUGCGCUCACCAGGAAUAAGCUGAAGCUGCUGAUGUUCGGUCCAUUCCAGUAUGCUUUCUUAAAGAUCUCGCUGGGUCUCGCGGGCCUGUUUCUCAUCCCUGAUGGCAUCUUUGACCCCUCAGACAUUUCUGAGAGGAGUGCAGCUCUGUGGAUCAACGUUUUCCUUGGUGUGUCCACUCUGUUGGCACUCUGGGCCCUGGGCAUUGUCUUCCGUCAGGCCAGACUACACCUUCGUGAGCAGAACAUGGGAGCCAAGUUUGCUCUGUUCCAGUCUCUUCUUAUCCUGAGUGCCCUUCAGCCCUCCAUCUUCUCCGUCUUGGCCAACAGUGGGCAGAUUGCUUGUUCACCUCCCUAUUCUUCGAAAAUCAGGUCUCAAGUGAUGAAUUGCCACCUCCUCAUCUUAGAGAGUUUUCUGAUAACUGUGUUGACACGGAUGUACUACCGCAGGAAAGACCACAAGGUUGGGUAUGAAACUUUCACUUCUCCAGAACUGGACUUGGACCUCAAAGCCUGAGGUAGAUGGCUUGAACAAUGGAAAAGAAACUGUACUCAUUAGUAGAGUAUAAGAUUUCUUCACUACUCAACAGGAGAGGACUCCUGUCACCCACCCAUGCAAGCUGGUAGAUUGUAUAUUUGACUUUAGGAGAUGAAGGUAUAUUAUGCAACAGUUUGAAAAUGUCUGAAUAUUGCUCAGGGAAAAAAUUUUUUUUAACAAUAAAGAGGACGAAUUCUGAAACUCU